GUUUUUAUGAGCGACGAGACGGAAACGUGAAGUUUAUUGUGAACUGAGCGGUGAGGAUUCUUUCGCUCGUUGACAGCCUACGAAAAUGGCACUCGUCAUUCCAGAGAAGUUCCAGCACAUUCUUCGUGUCAUGGGCACGAAUAUCGAUGGUAACAGGAAAGUCAUGUUUGCCAUGACUGCCAUCAAGGGAGUGGGUAGACGUUACGCCAAUAUCGUCCUCAAGAAGGCUGACAUCGACCUGGACAAACGCGCCGGAGAGUGCUCUGAGGAAGAGGUCGAAAAGAUUGUCACGAUCAUGGCGAAUCCCCGACAGUACAAAAUCCCAGAUUGGUUCCUCAACAGACAGAAGGAUAUUGUUGACGGAAAAUACUCCCAGUUGACGAGUUCAAAUUUGGACUCGAAACUUCGUGAGGAUCUUGAGAGGAUGAAGAAAAUCCGUGCACACAGGGGCCUCCGUCAUUACUGGGGCCUUCGUGUUCGAGGUCAACACACGAAAACCACUGGCAGACGUGGUCGCACUGUCGGUGUAUCCAAGAAGAAGUAAUUUUCUCACUUACUGUACGUCAAUAAACUCUUGAAACAUUUAAA